GCAUCUGAUCGAAAGCUAAGCGAAUUAGGAAGUAAUAGUGAAACACUAGUGAAUUUAGCGAAUAAUUAUACCAUACACCAUGAAGACUCUGUUCGAGCAUUUGAAAACGUUAUUCGACUGUGAGCUCUACUCAAAUGCCAUCACAUUGUCAAACCUGCUUCUAUCUAUCUACGAAACAAAUCGUGCAAUAUUGAGCGCGCAAGAGCACUUCAGUACGCUAGUUUAUUAUGCAGAAUCGCUGUACCACGAGCGGCGGUUCCGCGAGGCGGAAACCAUCUACCGUCAGGCGCUGCAGGUGAAGCGGGUGCUGUCUAGAAACAAAGUCGGACUCCUCGUACCCGUUGACGUUGAUCUGCAGUCCGAGGUAGAGCUUAAAUACAAGACGGCAAAGUGCCUAAUCGAGAUGAAAUGCUACCGAGAUGCGAUUGUCCUGCUGCAGUCGCUCGCCUUCAAGCAGCGCACGCCGAAAGUUAACAUGUUGCUGAGUAAACUUUGCCACAACCAUGGCCACGAACGGAGCGCUAUCGGCACGUACAAGGAGGUGCUGAAAGAGUGUCCGCUCGCGUUCGAAGCGAUCGAGGGACUGCUGGCGCUCGGCAUUAAGGGUAUCGAGGUAAAUUCGCUCAUCGUGGAUGCAUCGCUGGCUCCGCAAUGUAGCGAUUGGAUGAGCGGCUGGAUCAAGGCUCACGCGAAUAUCCAUGCCCGGAAGUAUCCGGAAGCAAUCCAGGCGCUGCGAAGUAUCGAAGCGAACACCUCCCUCCGGAACUACCAUCAGCUGUUGGUGUUGAUCGGCGAGUGCUAUUAUCACAACGGUGACUAUGAGCAGGCGUACAACACGUUGAAAAGAGCGCACGCUAUGCAGCCCCAUUCCCCUAACGGCAUACAGAUGCUGGCCAUCCUGAUGGCGAAGAACAAAAAGAUCAGCGAGCUGGAGAAGCUCGUCACGCCGACACCGUCGCUGCUGAACGAGUACACGUCGGAGAUGUGGUUCGUCAUGGGCCAGUACCUCUUUGCCACGGCGAAGUACGAAAAGGCGGUUUACUUCGUGCAGAAGGCUUGUUUCCUGAAUUCGCGCAACGUCGAGGCACUCAUCCUGAAGGCGGAGAUUCUCUUUCAGGCCAAAAAGUACCAGCAAGGCAUCGCUCACCUUCGGUACGGGCAACAGUUUGCGCCGUAUCGGUACGAAUUCCACAAGGCGCUAGUGGACAACUAUCUAAACGUGGGUCGCGUCAGGGAGGCUCAAAUGCAGGCUAUGAAGGCGGUCAAAAUGCUCGGCGAAUCGGCACGCACGUUGGUGUUACUCGCCCGAACUUACAUAAAAGAUGAGAACGCUCGUCCGAAGGCAAAAGCUCUCUGCAUCAAGGCACUAGGGAUGAACGAAAACUUCCUGCCAGCGGUGUACAUUCUGGCGGAAUUAUACCAGCGCGAAAAUGAUCUGGCCGCCAGGCUGAAGCUGCUAAAAAAACAUGCUGGUAUGACGCAAAAUUGUAAGCUACACAUCAUGCUUGGUGAAAUGCUGAACAAUGAAAAGGAUCACAACGGUGCCAUGGACCACUACACGAUGGCACUAAAUCUCGAUCCGUUGAAUCGCAGUGCAAUUGCCGGGUUGCUGGCGGUAGGACAGAGCAAUGGAAGUACGAGCGGUACGUCGAAUGCCGCCGGUACCUCCAGCGCCUACCUGGAAUCGAUUGUCGAAGAGGGAAGCGACGUGCCGGACAAUCCGCUCGAUAUGAUCGAAAUACGCACGACCGGUGGCCCGAACGAGCUGGAAUCGGAGAGCGACGCAAUGUGGUCGGAUGUGGAAAUCGAAAUCAAUCAGUAAAGAACUGUCGAAUUAUGUGUGUGUCCUGUUUUUUUUUUAAGAAGAGAGAGACUGCUUAUUCCAUUGUACUGUUAAGGUCUAAUAAAUCAUUGUUCUGUAUACACUAUGCAGCUA